AUUUCUGUUAAAAUCGAAGAGUCGCGAGUUCUAGCUAUAACAUUCUUCUUCCUAUUGACACUAUAAAAGACAUGAAAAGUAGUUUCUGGAGCUCUGAAACUUUAUCCCAGAAAAAAGUAGGGUUAAGCAUGAUGACCUUGAUGUCCACCAUUCACCUGUCUUAUCACUGCUCUGUGUUAUCACUUUUCACGUAGAUUGGUCUUGCCUUUUACUGAUACGUCGAGUUGAGUCCCAAUAAUUGUUUGUCAUUUCCUGUAACUUUUAGUUUAGUUUUGUAUUCGUAACUCAACAUUUCAAGUAGAAUAUAGUGAGACAGAAAGCAAGGUUUUUUUACGUGAAGCAGCAAGCAUUCUAAAGUGCUGAUAAUUAUCCUCUUUAAAAUUCACCAAUAUCCACUCGGUGGUGAAACUUUGCUGUCCAAGUUGCCCAACAUGACAUCAGUUGUGACGCAUACAAUUUCGGAUGUUAAGAUUGUGUCCAUGGAGAAGUCGCAGUAUGUGAUUCCAUUAUCACUACUUUUCAAACAAAAUGGAGUCACAAGACGAUGGGACAUUGUGAGAGCGCACCCAAGCGUUGUCAUCAUCAUUUUUAAUACGACAAGGAAAGUACUCGUCCUUGUGAAACAGUUUCGACCAGCUGUUUACUACGGAAGCGUUCCUGAGGAAGAUAAAAAGGAAACAAUCGAUGCUUUAAAGUAUCCAGCAGAGCUCGGUGUCACGAUUGAAUUCUGUGCAGGCAUAUUAGACAAAGAUAAAUCCUUGGAAGAAACUGCAAAAGAAGAAGUUCUUGAAGAAACUGGGUACGAAGUUGAGGCCAGUAGUCUUCAGAAAAUCAAAACGUUUCGGUCCUCCGUUGGAAUUCUUGGAGAAGAGCAAACUGUGUUUUACGUUGAAGUUACGGACAGUAUGAAAAAAACUGAAGGAGGAGGAGUUCAUGAUGAAAACAUAGAGGUCAUUGAGAUGACCCUGGAUGAAUCUGAAAAAUAUUUGAAUCAGGAGAAGGUCAUUUCAUCAGGCGGUUUUUUGUUUGUUUUGCAGUGGUUCAUGACGCAUAAGAAACCUCUCUUCCAGUAGUUUUUUUACCCUCUUCCUUUUUACUUUUCCUCUUUAGUGCAAUGGAUCAAUAGACAAGGCACGAAUUCAAGCAUUCUGAUACAUGUUUCUUAACCAGAAUUUCAGGUAGAACACGAUUCGCGCAACGAAAAUUACUGAAACCAACUCCUGACGAAGAUAUUAACCUUUUUAUUUCACAUUGGUUACGCGGAUUUUGAACUGCCCGCUCACAAGAAACUCAAAGCUCUACGU